ACGCCCUUAAUCCCCUCUUUUUUCAUAUUUUGUUUUUGUCUGCGCUGCGCUAGGGUUUUAUCUAUUGUUCAAGGAAUGGGGAGGCAUCGGAGCCCGAGCAGAAGCUGCAGUCCUCGCCGUCGUAGCCGGACCCCUACACGUGAAAGGAAGAGGUAUGACGAUGACUCUCGCGAUCGCCACCGAUAUCACCGUCGUCGAUCCCCUCUUCCUUCCGGCUUGCUCAUUCGCAAUCUCCCUCUCGACGCUAGGCCAGAAGAUCUUAGGGUUCCGUUUGAGCGGUAUGGUCCGGUGAAGGAUGUUUAUCUGCCGAAAAAUUAUUACACAGGGGAGCCACGGGGCUUCGGCUUUGUGAAGUUUCGUUAUGGUGAAGAUGCAGCUGAAGCAAAACAACGAAUGAACCAUCAAGUUAUUGGUGGACGUGAGAUAAGAAUUGUUUUUGCUGAGGAAAAUAGGAAAACACCCCAAGAAAUGCGUGUCACUACCCGUGUGAGUGGUCGAGACAGGGGAAGCAGGAGAUCACCACCUAGGUCCCCAAGACGCCGAUAUCGCUCUUACUCUCGCUCACCAUCACCUGCUAGGCAUGAUUCAAGGGAUCAGAGAGGGAGAGAUUAUCAUCGCUCCCCCAGGCAGUCUAGAUCAGUUUCACAGGAUCGUGCUGUGAGAGAUGACUAUCGGUCUCCCAGUCAGGCCAGAUCCAUGUCAAGGGAUCGUGGGGCAAAAGAUGAUUAUCGCUCUUCCAGACGACCUAGAUCUGUUUCACGGUCUCUUUCUCCACAUUCUCCACAUGGUGACAGGGAAUACAGAACCAAGCAGAGGUCCCCAAGUCCGAGGGAGAAUGGCCAGAGUCCACAUGAUGAGAGAGGUCAUGUGCGCAGCAGCCCAAAGAGUCCAAGGCGUGUCAAUUGCAGUCCUUCAAGGUCUCGUUCAAGAUCCUUGAGUCCUCGCUAGCAGCUUUGCAAAUGAUGGUGCCUUCUCAUGGUGUCUUGCACGUGGUUACUGCUGGAAAUUGUAAGUGUGUUUGUCUGGUGCUUUAUAUUUCCGUACAAUUAGUACUAUGAGGUAGUGUGGGUAGAUUAUGGGCAUGUUCAAAGUCUAGCGGUUACCUCUUAAUGUUGGAAGGAUUUAUCUAUACUCUUUAGCAUAUUCGCACUUGAUGGGAGUUGCCGUUUCUGA